CAUUAAUGCAAGAAGAAACAUGUUUUUAAAACCCAUGCAUAAUUAUUUCCAUAGUAACAGAUAAAUACAAUGUCUACACUGAUUGUUGUGCCAUACUGUAAGCUUAAAAAGCGACUUCCUCUCAUCAUUUCCUUAUCAGUCAACAUCGUACAACUCUUUGUCUCCAUCUUAGUCUUUUCUUUGGGUUUGUCAGCAACAUUUGUCACACCACAGUAUGCUUUGGGAUCAUUUUGGGCUGGCAUCUUUACUGGGGCACUUGCUAUUGGAAGAAUUUGCUUAAUUGUUCUAAAAAAAUUUUUUCAUGAUAAAAUGCAAGAUAAAAUGCCUUUUAUUAAUGGAAUCCUCUGCAUUGGAUCACUGCUAGGCAGCCUUAUAGCUGCAAUGAUUGAUGGCAUUGGAGCCUUCUACUUAUCUCAAAUAAACUUUGACAGAUGUGCUCACACUAGUUCAGCCAUGCAGACUCCCUGCUCCAAUAAUCCAGCUUGCACAAAUCUAACCUAUCCAUCUCAGACUUGCUACUGUUGUGACAUACUUGAGAAUGAUAGAGUUUGCUAUGUUUCAUUAUUAAGUGGCCGUCCUCACUUUUUCUCUGGCGUCAGGUCCUGUGGGUCUAUACCAAGCUCACUUUAUGCAACACUUGUUGUUCUGGUGGUUUUUCAUAUAAUAUCAGGAAUAUUGAGUGUCAUUGCCAUACAGGUGUUUGGUCUAUUAAUGCCGGGUGCCAGUCAAAUCAAUGAUGAUAAUAAUGAUACUUUGGAUACAUUCGUGGCAACACAAGUAAUACAAGAUGAAGAUCAAGGAAAUAAAGCAAUAUCAUCACCAGCUACAUUGUCAAAUAAUAAUGAGACAUCAUCAGGAGAAGAAUCUAAAAAUGCUGAAGGGGUUGAUCUACCAGUCCCACUUGAUGCUCCUUACAAGAAAUCAGAAUCACAAACAAUCAAGCUAACUGCUGAAGGAGAGUUUAAAAGUCAAACACAAAACUCAAAAGAAUCCAUUAAUGAAACAAAAUCCUUUGAUUUAAGUUGGGAGGCUUUGAAUGAGGAACCAGUCAAGGUAAUAAAAGUUGCACCAGUUGAUAAAUCACAACUUGAUCCAUCAAACUCAGCUAUAGUACACCCAACUCAUGAUACUAUUAUUAAAUCAGAAUCAAUGGAAGUUAAAACUCCAGGAAUGGAAUCAGCACACUACCAGACUGACACAACAAGGGUUGAAUCAGCUCAAGAAAUUGAAUCAAAAUCAAAAUCAGAAUUUAAAAGAUCAAAUACAUUUGAUACAGCACAUGAUGUUUCGCCUAAACCAACUACAAGACCAAAAGGAGCAUCUAUUGAUGUACUGCCAGGAACAAGCAGCACAAUUAAAACAAACACGUCACCAAAAGAACUAACUAAUUCAAAAUCAGAAGAAAGGAUCAUUAUUGAAAAGAAAGUGUCUCAAAGGACACAUUCAAUGAUAUAAAAUGGUUAAAUUAGCUGUUGUCAUGUAGGACUUUAUAAUAAUCAUUGUUAGACAUUAAAUGCAGUGAAUCUAAUGCAGCAACGCCAAUAGACACACCCCCUUCAUCACAGUCCGACGGCUUGCUCCUUAAUAAA